UGUGACCGGCUCGCAAAACACAGCCAGACGGUUUCAGGAGACCAAAUGCCAGCUUCAUUGAACAAGCUCGGUUAUCGAGAAUAGAGACAGGAGGGACAGACGUUUCCAGUGUGCAGACACACACAUAACAAUACACAGAAAGCUCUGGGGAACUCGGGGAAAAGGACAUUUUCACAGCCUCAAGAACUUCGGUAGGAGAAAGCAGAAAGAAGACCAAUCGUUUCAAAUAUAAAUCAAGGGCAGUGGACACGCGGGAGUUGAUUAUUCAUUCCGAUAACUUGUGGAAUUAUAAGGGUAACAACAAUUUAAAAAAACUACCUCCGCCAUUUCAUAUUUGUAUUAAAUUGUUCCUUUUCUUUUUAAUUUUAUUUUAUCACCUGUCCUCUGAAGAGCUGACAGCCAGACGGUGUAGUAGAAUUGCAGUGCAGUGCGUAAAGAAACUGAACGCAGCACCAGGAGACGGAACAGCUCACUGCGUUUACCAACAAGAGACAGUGAGGAGGAGUGAGCGAGAGACCGACUGAUUUUUUUUGUAUUCUUGUAUUUUUUAUAUCAUAUUUAUUAAUUUAUAGCCUACGCGAACAUAUUUAUUUUUUUCCAAUUGUUGGUUCUGUUUGGGUCAGAUUUUUUUUCUUCUUCAUUUUUUGGAAUAUGGUUGGGGAAAUGGAAUCGAAGGAGAAACCUAAGCCCACCCCAGACUAUCUCAUGCAGCUCAUGAAUGAUAAGAAACUGAUGAGCAGCCUUCCCAACUUCUGCGGGAUUUUUAACCACCUCGAACGGCUGCUUGAUGAAGAGAUCAGCCGGGUGCGGAAGGACAUGUACAACGACACGCUAAAUGGCAGCACAGAGAAGCGGAGCAGCGAGCUCCCUGACGCAGUGGGCCCCAUCGUGCAGCUCCAGGAGAAGCUCUUUGUCCCUGUAAAAGAGUACCCCGAUUUUAACUUUGUGGGCCGGAUCCUGGGACCACGGGGGCUGACAGCCAAGCAGCUGGAGGCAGAGACAGGAUGUAAAAUCAUGGUGCGCGGGAAGGGCUCCAUGAGGGACAAGAAGAAGGAGGAGCAGAACCGAGGAAAGCCCAACUGGGAGCACCUCAAUGAGGACCUGCAUGUCCUGAUCACGGUGGAGGACGCUCAGAACCGCGCUGAGAUCAAGCUGAAGAGGGCCGUGGAGGAGGUCAACAAACUACUGGUGCCUGCGGCGGAGGGAGAGGACAGCCUGAAGAGGAUGCAGCUGAUGGAACUGGCCAUCCUCAACGGCACCUACCGAGACGCCAACAUCAAGUCACCUGCCCUUGCCUUCUCUUUUGCAGCGAACGCCCAGGCGCCCCGCAUCAUCACCGGCCCCGCCCCUAUGCCCCAGAAUGCCCUGCGCACGCCCACCCCGGCCGGCCCCACCCUAAUGCCCCUGAUCCGACAGAUCCAGACCUGCAUGCCCAACGGCUCGCCCCACCCGGGCGUCAUGACCCAGGGUCCCGAGGCGGGCCUCAUAUACGCGUCGCCCUACGAUUACCCCUACACGCUGGCCCCUGCCACCUCCAUCCUGGAGUACCCCAUCGACUCCAGCGGGGUGUUAGCGUCCUCAAAGGCCGAAGAGCUGCCCCUCUACCUGGGGUUUCAGACCUGUCACUUUCCCAUCACUGUGCAGCGAGGAGAGCCCUCCAACCGGCCUCCCUUUUAAAGAAACACCCCCUUCCCUCCCUCCUUCCCUCCAUCCCCUCACACAACACACACACACCUCCUCCUCCCCCCCUCUCUCCCUCCCCGCCACCACACAUUGGACUGGUCGAGGAUCGGCCCUCUCUGAACAACCACAAGCCACAUGGGGAAGCCUCAGCCCUUCCUCUUUGAACGUCUGUUCAAAGUGACGUGUGUGUUACUGAUCAACCCUUUUUGAUUUCCUGUCCUGAUGAUGAUGAUGAUAUAUCUGUGUAUGAUGAUGAGGGAGAAUAAGCACUGAGCCCCACACUGCUGGAGACCCCCCUUGGGGCGGGGUCCCCCGUCACCCUCUCUCUUGGGUGUGGCUCUGGGGCAUCGGGAGAGGUAACAUGAGGUGAGGGGUCAGCGGAGGUCGGGACAGAGGGGUUACGGAGCCAAGGGAGUGGUGGGUUUGUGUUGGUGACGAGGUUAAAGCAUCUACUGUAGGCUUGACAGGCUUUAUUCACAAAGGGAUUUUAGGACUUUCUGUCCCAACACUGACAGUCUUUACUUCACUCUUAUCACAAUAUUCACCGAAUUAUUAUUUCAGCUCAAGUGUAGCCACUCGAAACAACAGGAAGUGAGUGAACAACAUGGCCCUUUUGUAUCGAGCUUUUUUGUAUCGACUCAAAAGGAAUGUCCUAAAAUGGCUUUGGGAAUAGGGCCUGGUGAUGCUUCUCAAAGGACCGCCGGACACUCCUGGCACUAAUUCCCGGUUCCCUUCCUUUAUUCUAUAGGUGUGGCUUUCCCCACGAAAGGCUAAAAGAAUUUCAAGGAUCCUUACUGAGCCCCUCAUUCGAUCUAAGUGUUAACACACAGACACUUUUGUUUCCCCAACGGCCUCUUAGUAUAUCGAACCAUGAGUCAGGCCUAUAGCAGUCAGACAGACAGACCCCCUCACUACUGAUGUUUACACUGGCCCAACCUCCCCAAAGAGGCACAGCUCUUUAUACCAUGCAUGAUGUGUGUGUGGUGGUAUGUGCAUCCUGUACACCCGCAGCCACACAUGUAUAUGUUGUUCCACUGACUGCUAUGUCUGGGCUUGAGAAUCUCUACAAAUACUGUCUCGCUUUACUAAUCACUUAAUUCAUUGCCUUUUUUCUUUCUUUUUUUUUUAAUAAGAGAUGUUACUUUUUUUAUUACUGCAAAUGUGCCUAAAAGCUUUCGUCUCUGGGCUUUAACCAGAGAGUGAGUGAUCAGUAUUAUAUUUCAAACGAAUAACUAGAGAGAUGCACUUCCUGAUGCUCAACCUGAGAUUAUGUGACUAGUAAAGCUCCCCUCUCUGUCUGUGUGUGUGUGUGUGUGUGUGUGUGUGUGUGUGUGUGUGUGUGUGUGUGUGUGUGUGUGUGUGUGUGUGUGUGUGUGUGUGUGUGUGUGUGUGUGUGUGUGUGUGUGUGUGUGUGUGUGUGAAUGCAUAAAUGCCUAAUGUCUGUGAAUCUGUAGCAAGGACUCGAGUAAACAAUGGAUCCUUACAGUCAAUGCUACUCCAUUGUCAUGGAUGUUACUAAGUCCAAUAUUUCUCCUUGUUGCAACAAAAUAUAUGAGUAUAAUUUGUGCCUUAACAUGUAUUUCUAAUGAUUUUUCCUAAUUUUGUUAGAUGUUUGGUCAUAUAUAUAAGCCUUUAUGAUAUGAUGAAUUGAAUUGAUGGAAAUGGUGAAGGAGGAAAUGACCUAAUCCUUGUUUUGGUCAUGUUGUUGCAAUCCGAGCAGGUGCAGUGACUACUAAGGUUCGAAGGCACGAACUGCGGGUCCAUCCUUACCAAAGGAUAGUGACCGCAGACCGAGGUUAGUUUAGCUCCUAUGCUUUUGUGUUUUUAUUGCUAAUGCCUGCUCACUGUUGGUCCUGAUCUGUUUUGCAAUAUGUACAAAUUGUUAAGCUAGUCGUCCCAGUUUGUGAUGUGAUGCAACAUACUGCACCCCCUUCCUACUCUUGGCCUCUGAGAAGGUUUAUUUAGGUGAUUCUGAGGAAUAGUGACCACAACACUGUAGGAUAAUGAUGCUUUUGCUAUCUAGGUAGAGACACAAACACGCAUACCUGCAUUUAUACAACAAACUACUCCACUCCAUUAUUUCGAUGACUUUAUGAAUCUGACAUGAUGUUGAUGACAGAUAAUGGACUAUACCCCUUCUAAAAGAAAGAAGAUGCAAUUAUCUGUGUUUUAGUUUCCCCCUCUGUUGAACGAGAAGUUUGCAAUUUUAUGCACUUAAGUCUUCAACUCCUUAUUAAGUGGAUAAUGUAACACUAUAAUUGAUCAAGUAUGUCCAUUUGUAUUUAUUUGUUUGCGGAAAUUACUUUUUGGAGAAUCUGACCCAUUUUAUUGUCAAAGACAACACAAAGUGGGUGUAAACCUGUCAUGUCCUAUUUGUUUUUUGUUUUCACUGUCUAAUUGGACUGCAGUAGCUUCCCAUUUUUACUACAGUAAUUUAGAUACAAAAUUCAAUUGUUUAUUUAGUGUCAAAAGUCUCAACAGCGGCCUUAUGAGUAGAUAGGGGUGGACACGUGGUGGGCUUUAGUCUGGAAAUAGCUUCUUCUGCAGAUAGGUAAACAAACACAACUGCCAAACCCUUUACUCUCUGAAGUCUACCCAUUUCCUGCCCUCCUUUUUUUUAAGUCCAUGCAGAACUUUUACUACCCUUACUGAAUAAUUGAGAAUAAUUGAGGAAGUUAUUGGAGAAGGAACCAUGUGUGAAGUUACACAGGCAACUAGGAAUUUGCGCGAUCUGUAGUCUACAGUGUCUUCUCUUUUUUCAUCCUUAGACCUCAGUGCUUCAAACAACAAGUGUGCCUUGUACAUGCACACACUGUGUAUCAUCACAAUUACAUUUCAUUACAGAUAGUACCUAAUCAAGGAAACGGUUGCAAUGUGCCAGGGGAUUUGAUGCCAAUGCCAAUUGAAAACAGCCGACAAGCAGUGUAUUUAUCAAUACGGCUACAUUUUAGUACAAACAUUGAAAUAGAACAAUCCAGAGAAAUUAAAUGAAAGUUCAAUAACCAAUUAAUUAAUCACUUUUUUUUUUUGCUGCUAAAUGAUAUGGAACAAUUAAAGAGAGAAUUCACCCAAAUUACAAAAUAACAUAUUGGUUUCUUUACCCUGUCAGCAGUCGGACAAGGUAUGACACAGCAACACAUGGUUUGGUUUAGUUUCCCUGACACUGUGUCCACAGUAAUCCAUUUUGUAAUUUGGGUGAACUAUCCCUUUAACAUAUAGCACUGUAUGUUCAUCACGUACAGUCAUAGUGUCGCACUUUAUACGUUGUUGGACAUUUCUUGAAUCCUUAUACUCUUAAAAAAGAAAACGUAUUUAUGUCUAUCAUCAACAUGACCCGUCACAGUAAUGAGUCAGUGAUUGUCUUUACAAAAAAAAGUGCAGAUACACACAGUAUAUUAUACAGACUGUAUCUAAGGAUAUUCAGAUUUCACUGUAGAGCAGACUGUGAAUUGCCUCUGAAAACAUUACAGGCCGAAUCUGCCCUAAAACAAAUAAGUAAUGUAAAAAAUAACUGUAACAUGGAGUUCCUUAAGAAGUGCAUAUUAUUACUAAAAGGUCAAACCUUAAUCAACAGUAAAAAAAAAUCUGAUAAUGGUAACGGAUAGGUAACACUGACAUAAUUAAUGAGAAACCAACAUCAGAUUCAAUUGCACAAAGGCCUGUAUUUAAUCUACCUCUUCAUAGGUUUGGCCCCAUACUCUGAUUUAACAGUUUUACAACAUUAAGAGUUUGGACAACACUUUAUCCAAACAUUAAGGUAAUACAAUAUAAUAUGAUUGACAUUUGUGAUUCAGUGCGGUUCGGAUGGUGAACCAUGAGGCAGGUGGAUUGAAUGCAGGCCAACCAGUCAAACCUGUGUGUUUAGAGGCAGGCUGUCUCUGAUGGAGGCAGGGGAGGAGGCAGAUGUAAAAUGGCAUCUGAAAUGUGGGUUUCUUUAUCAGCUCACGUUGGCAAAGAUGUUGAACAGUCUCAGUAUAGUAUCAAAUAAGUGCAUCAAUUGGGUCUAGAGAUUUAUACAGUAUAUUCCGAUUUAGAUUUUCCUCUGGACAUUUUACAGUGCAUUUGGAAGCGUUUACAACAGCUCUCAACGAUACACCGUUUUCUCAAACUCUUAGUACAGUGAGAUUUACAGCCUCUUGUCAAUCUGGUGAAGAAGCCACACCUUUCUGUUUUCUUUACAUCUGUUGCACUUUGCUUCGUUUGAAAAGAGAGACUUUACGCCACAGAACUUAUUUUUGCACUGAAUGAUUUAAAAAAAGUAAAAAGCAUUUUUUUUAUUUGUUUAUUUUUUUUAAAAUCUCUUCUGCUCCAGUCAGAAGGGCAGACAUGUUUAAAAAGUGACAACUACGACAAACCUCAGACGAUGAAAUAAGUAAAUGAAUACAUGUAUGAUCUAAGCUGAAGAAGUCUUAAACGGACCACUGUGGAGUGGACAGAGAAUUCUAGGGUUCCACUUUAUGGGUGAGAAAUUGCCAGAGUAUGAAUGCAUUUAUUGAGAAGGAAAAAAAAUCACCUUGAGACAUUUUUUUUAACGUUUUACUGUAAGCUUCUUUUUAUUUGUUGUUGUUGCAAAGAAAAUAGUAUAUACUUGUGGCUUCUUGAAAUAUAUAUAUAAAUAUAUAUAUUAAAAAUAUAAAGCAGGAAUGUAUAUGAAAUGUCAGAUUUUACUUGUAUUUUGCAAAGAAAUAGCCAGGAUUAUUCUAGAGGGCUAUUUGUAGGAAAGACACAUAGCAGCUUUAUAGAACCACUUUAGAAAAUGUCCUAUAUUUUUGAAUAUAUUUUAGGGCUUUAUACAAAAGACAGGACCUUUUCAGUGUUUAUAUGCAAGUGCAUUUUAUAUUAUGUGUCCUGUGAAAUGUCUAUUGUCUCCUAAGCUGAGGGUACCGGCUGAAGUGACAGCUUUAGCAUGCUCACGGCUUCAACUUCCAUGGCUAGUGUGCUAUUCUAGAAAAUACCAUGUAGUGUUGCUUUGUACCAUUAAGGCAAGGAUUUUCAUGUUUGUUGUAAAUAGAAAACAUACUUUAAAAAGGCAAUAAAAAAUUAUAUUGAGUAAAAAAAAACUAUACACACUGUUUUGGCCCUAAAUGAUUUUGUCCACAAUGAUGUGGUCUUCUUGAAUUUCUCAUUGUAUCCUCUCUAAAUUCAUUUAUUCUAUAACAAUAAGACUUAUUAAUAUUCGUUUCCAUCACUACUAGCCGCUUGACUCUUGAACCCAUGAAGGGCUCUAAUGACUCUUAACAGUCAGUUAACAAUCAUUUUACUGACUGUUGUCCAAGACUAUUCCUUCCUCCAUCUCAUUUUGAUCUUUUCUUCUGCCUUGAUUUACUGUCUAUUCACUUGACUGCUACUAACAAUUAGACAUACUGUUAUUGUCUUAUUUAAAUUUCCUCCUUUUUAACAUUUGAGCUAUGGGGGGGGGGGGGGGGGGGACAUAUUAUGUAAAAUCAUGCUUUCAUGAUUUUACGACACUGUAUUAAAAUAGAUGAAGAGUUAUUCCUGAAUUAUUGGAUUCAAUCAACCCACCAUAUGAAUUGUCCUGUAUCUAUACUAACAAAAGAAUGCAUUCCUUUUUUUUUUCCUCCUUUUUUUUUACACAACGUUCUCGCUCCAGCGCUCUGGCUUUGGUCAAAGGUGUUGUGAAAGAUAUGGAAACACAUUGUGACACGUGUAAGUUGGUCAGUCCCAGUUAUGGAGAAAUCGUAUGGUGGGUUGAAUGGAUGCAAGGUAUAGCUCUGAUUGGUUAAAUCAUAUUGUCAUCCUGCUGUCACUAGCCGAGACUAAUCUCCUCUCAAUCUUUGUUCUUUCCUUUCCUUUUUGUUUCUCUCCUUUAUUAUUUUUCUUUCCUUUCUGUUUGUUUGUUUCCUAACCCUUCCCCCAGCCGCCACUGGCAACUAACCCCUGACCUUCUGACCUCUGAACUCUUCACACAUGAUGACCUGGCCAUUGCCUGCCCGCAGAUCAGUUCUUCGGUAGAAAGAAAGAACACAUAAAGCAGCCUUGGCUUGUUACAUUCAGUCAUGGCACAGCUUCUCAUCAGCCGAAUAAUGGACACACUAUAAUGGCUUGGCGGGCCACUCCUGCCUGCCCUGUCUGCUUAAUAGGGGGACUGACCCUGGCUCUAGACCUGCACUGAAUCAUUGUUAAGCAAUAAGGUCUGAAAUGCCCCCUCUGAGCAUCACUGAACGAGUCCCCAGCCAGGCAACUUCCAAACACACCACACCAUACUCUAAAACACCCUGGUAACGGCUGGUCGCCUCAUCCGGACUGAAGAUGAAGAAGGUCGGCACCCUCCCACCCCUCCGACCGCCCAAACCCACCGCAUGUCGCCCAGGUGACUUUCCCACUGUCAUGGUAACGGAGCUGGCUCUGAAUGUAUAGCAGCGCGGUGAGGCCUUCCCGAGCAGAGUGCAUGCACCUCUCUCUGUCUCUCCCUCUCUCUGUCACUCUCUGUCUCUCUGUCUCUGUCUCUCUGUCUCUGUCUCUGUCUCUCUCUCUGUCUCUCUCUGUCUCUGUCUCUCUCUCUCUCUCUCUCUCUCUCUCUCUCUCUCUCUCUCUCUGUCCACCCAUAUAUCCUUGCCAACUGAUUACCCCUCUCCCUUCACUGACUCUCUAUGAAAUCCUGGUUCUGUUAUGAAAUGGAAAUUGGGGGGGGGGGGGGGGUUCAUUCUAGCAGGACUUGAAGAGAGACUAGGGGUCAAAAAAGAGUAUCAAGCGUAUAGAAGGUGGAGUACCUGUCCCGUUACCUGGCAUUGUUGUUGUUUUUCUACCAUGAAGGAAGAUCUUGCAGUCAACUGUUUUUUUUUAGGAUGUAAAAGCCAUGCUUGCCUAUCUGCUGUACAAAUGUAUUGAAAUUGUAGAUACAUGUGUAAAAAUGGGGGAGAGAACACCUAUGUAAAGAAAAUAGACACUUUUAUUAUACAUGGGUGCUCAUGGCAAAGAGAAAUAUCUAUUUUUCAAAAACAUAGUCUUUUAUAUCUUCAUGUAUUGUAAAGAGAAAUUUAAAAUUAAACCCUUUAUGUCAUGAAAACAAUCCUGUUUUCUUUCUGUGGAUGGAGAGGUGAAGACCAAAACAACCUUUCAUUUGAUUUCGAGGGUUGAGCAUUUAACUGAAGUGGAAAAACAACAAAGUGCCUUAUUAUGGUUUCUGAUAUCUGAAUGUGUCAUCCUCAGCCUUUAAGCUGCAGGCCAGGUCAGUACACACAGUCUUCAGCCACAGAGAUGCCCUUAGACGGAGUCAGUCACCUCAGCCUUUAAGCUGCAGGCCAGGUCAGUACACACAGUCUGUCAGCCACAGAGAUGCCCUUAGACGGAGUCAGUCACCUCAGCCUUUAAGCUGCAGGCCAGGUCAGUACACACAGUCUGUCAGCCACAGAGAUGCCCUUAGACGGAGUCAGUCACCUCAGCCUUGUUGCUACACUAGUCAGACACAGUAGGUCUCCUUCCACCAUCAUUUAAGUGUGACUCUAGGUAGGUACACAAGUUCUUUUUGGUGGCUCCAUAGAGUAGUAAUAUCAGUUAUAUAUUAGUAAUCUACCAAUUGUGUCAGAGUCUAGGUCAUUAGACCCUUUGGUGCAAUGUCCUAAAGCAGGGAUCAUCAACUAGAUUCAGCCACGUGACAAUUUAUUUUUAAGUGGAUGGUCAGGGGGCUGGGACAUAAAUACAAAUAAAUAAUUUGUAGACUGAAAAUGUACCGCAAGAAGCCCAAACAGAAAUAAUAUGUGACUAAAACAUAAUAGUUUCAAACCUUGCUCACAUUGAUAUAUGAUCACAAUAUCACUCUAUUAUGCGUGGUAAUACUUUGGAAGAGAUGUCCAAAAUUAAAAUCACUUGGAGCUGAUUUGCCUGUUUUUACAGUCUUGUGGGGCCAAUUAAAAUCCCCUGUGGGCCAAAUUCAGCCCGCGGGCCGCCAGUUGGGUAACCCUGUCCUAAAGGGACAAAUAUAUGAUAAAAGAGAGCUGUAACAUGUCCAGUUCGUAUCUGAACUGAGAAAAUGAUUGGCCUUAUAGUAUUUCACUGUGACGCCCCUGAGACUCCGGUUGUCUUUGUCUGUUGAGGAUGGCCUCAGAGUUCCCCAAUUAUUAUUUCCAGUAGUAUGCUACUCAUGCCAGUUCCUAGGUUUUACACACAAGGACAUCUUGACAUGCAUCGUCUUUACAGUUAGUAGUGUUAGAAGUGUCAUUCUGGACUGCCUUAUGUAGGAGUUGUCAUUGGCAUAGACAUCCCACUACCCGUGGAGCUGACAUCCCACAUCCCUCUACCAUGAUGUAUCUCUCUACCACCUAUCCCAUUAGAUGAGGACGUGUCUGUUUCUGCCCUCCUGAUUUACUUCCUAUAAAGGAGUAUUGGGUCUAUAGUCUUACUGCUGACUCGACACGUGCUGUGUUAAUUGGAGGAGAAGGGUUUAUGUGAUUGUGGUACCUAGUGAUUGACUGUAAAGCCUGUGUGUACUUCCUGGUCUGCACCAAAAGAUUGCUCCACAUCCCCCUCUUUAUUUACUAUGCAACAGAAUGGCCUCUGGUGGUGCAUGAAGAGUUUCUGUGUCUCAGAUUGUCUUCAUGUGUGCCAUUUCUUUUCAGUUACAGUAUUUAUGUUUGCGAAAUGAUUCUCCAGUGCAAUUGCAUAUGAUUAUAAUCCAUUAUAAAUGAUGAAUACGUAUGGAUUCUCAAUCACUAAUAUGAUACGUGUUAUUAUCAUUGUUACCAGAAGUCAUUAUUAUAUAAGACAAUGGAUUGACUUUGAAGCGAGGCGAAUAUGAAUAUUUUACAUAUAAUUGUACUGGUGAUAAAAGAAUGGUAGCAAACAAAUGGUUUCCUUGGUUGCGAGUGAAGAGACAUCAGAACCAAUAUAGAAUGGCAUCCCAUCCCUUAGUAAUGUUACUGUUAUGCUAUUAUCAGAGAUUUUUUUUAUCUGUGCCAUUUUGACAGCAUUAUUCUUGGACCUGGUGUGUUUUUUUCUUUUCUUCUGAGUGUGCAAAUCAAGCGUGUUAUUCUGUAGGACCCCAUGCUGUCGAACAACUGAUCCUGUUAGCAUUUACUCCAUGGAUGGUGUGCGACCAUACCCAAAUGAUUUCCUAUGAGAAAACAAUAUGUGUAUUUGCAGCCAUUGUUACAAGUUUAUAAUGUAUUUUUCUAUCUUGUUUUAUAUGUGUGUAAGAAAAGAAAAAAAAGUGAAAUGACUUACAUAAACGACAACAGCAGCUACGUUAUUUGUUUGAUUUUGAGAUUCUUUGUAGUUUAUUAAAUCUGUUUUUUUUUCUUCUCCCUUAAUCCUGGUCCUGGGGAACCAAAGAGGUGCACACCUGAUUCCUCUAACGGUCAACUCAUCAUAAAACCUUUGAUUAGUGGAAUCAGGUGUCUAGUGCUAGGGCAAAAACAAAUAUGUGCACCCCUUCGGGCCCCCAGGACCAGGACUAAGAAACACUGCAUUAAAUUGACUCCUUGACAAAGUCUUAUCUCUAUUACUGAUUCAGACCAUUGAACUUUUUCCUUUCCUCCCGUGUUUUGUUGUGACGUGUUAGACUUAGCCAGUAUUAUUUAAUAAAUGAUUCCAAACAGACG